CAAAGCUACAGCUCCGUGCACGGCUCCCGGCGGACGCUAAGGCGUCACGGCGGCGCCGGAUGCUGGGGCAGGCAGAGAGGAGCGCUUCCGGGCGGCCGUUGGGAGCCGUUGGAGAGCUCGCGUCGCAGGGAGCAUUAUAUUGAAGAAUGUCUGGAAGUUUCUACUUUGUCAUAGUUGGUCAUCAUGAUAAUCCCAUAUUUGAAAUGGAAUUCCUACCUCCUGGAAAAGUAGAAUCCAAGGAUGAUCAUCGCCAUCUCAACCAGUUCAUUGCCCAUGCUGCACUUGACCUAGUAGAUGAGAACAUGUGGCUUUCUAACAACAUGUACCUGAAGACUGUGGACAAGUUUAACGAAUGGUUUGUUUCUGCUUUUGUCACAGCUGGCCAUAUGAGAUUUAUAAUGCUUCAUGAUAUAAGGCAAGAAGAUGGAAUUAAGAACUUCUUUAAUGAUGUGUAUGACUUGUAUAUAAAGUUUGCAAUGAAUCCAUUUUAUGAACUCAAUUCUCCUAUUCGAUCCAGUGCCUUUGAAAGGAAAGUACAGUUCCUUGGGAAGAAACACCUUUUAAGCUGAAUAAAUACAUUUCCUGAAUGAGUGCUUUUACAAUACUCUCCUGAUUAUUUGAACUGUAGUUCUUCUGGUUGGUUCUCAGCAUGUUUGAUAUUCAUCUUCUGAAGAUAGACAAAUUGGAUGCUGGAGAAGCUUUUUUUUUUUUCUGAUACAGAUAAGAACAACCAAGCUUCUCUGGUUAAAACAUGUAUCUUAAGAAGUUUCCUUUUAUGUGCUAUGAAAACCAAGUUUAAAAAUGUCAGGGGCUUAAUUGGUACAAACUGAAACAUGUGGGUGUCAAUGCGUAUGCAAAAUGUAAGCCUCAUAUACAGGGUGGGAGGAAAUCGGAUCUAAACGCAAAAGACAUCUCUACUCGUGAUUUAAUAUGAGCAAAAGGGAAUUCUUGACUGUUGAGCCUAAGUGGUUGAUUUUGUUAGGAACUUUUCUACAUACAGUCCUUCGCUACAGAACUUAGCAGACUAACCAGACUAACCUUAGUCUUUGUGGUAUUAAAUCAGGUCUAUAUUUAUAUUGUAAUAUGUAAUGUAUGUAUUAUAAAGUGCUCAAUAAAAAGAAAAGAGGAUGUAUCAGCAAAGCUGUGUCUUCAGUAUUUCAAGAAGUUUUGAGAAAAAAACCACUUUGUUUUAAAGCUUAAAAUUUCAGAUUUACCAGAUGUUCAGUGCAAUACGUGUUUAGCUGCAGUGUUGCAUCAAUGAAAUGAAAGUAGACCAGAACAGCUAUGUCUGCCCUGACUUCAGCUCUAAUUCACACAUGGAGAAACUAAACUAAAUGUACAUGUUUAAGCCCACUUCUUUCCAUUAUCUCUGCAAAUGCUGAAAUUUUCUUUUUGAAAAUGUAUUCAGAAUGGGAUCUUUGAAUUAUGAAAGUCUAUUUGUUGAGGUUUCAGAGAGGCAUUAUUUGCCCUGUGUGGCUACUAUUCCAUUGUAAAAUGUGGUUGGGGACCCUUUUGCAAAACUUGCCGUCAUUCCAAACUAGUAAUUUUUAACUAGGUCAUUUGGCAUAUAUGCACCCAAGGUUUUGGUUGGUUUCACAAUCUUUUAAGUAGUCUGUUUCCUUUUGCAGCAAAUCUGUAUAAGCUAUCUUGGCCAUUUUUUUUAAUGUCUGAAAAAUAAUUUCCAAAGGAAGUGGCAUGCUGUUCUAGGAAGUACAUUUUGCAUCGUCUGUGUAAUUGAAGGGACCGCAUGUGUAUGUGCUUUAAAUGUCUUAGUCAUUAUUUCUUUGUAAUUUACACUUACUGCUAAACUGUCACUGUAAAAUAGUCCAUGAGAAAAAGAAUGUGAUAUAAAAAUUGCAAUAUUUACUGUAAAUAAAAUGUGGAAUGAUGCAGUA